AUGGCUUACAUAAUUAGCGAACCGUGUGUUGAUGUAAUGGACACCGCAUGCGUUGAUGUCUGUCCGGUUGACUGUAUACACACCACUGAGGCGAAAAGCAGCUUUACAUCAACCCAGAUGAAUGUAUUGACUGCGCUGCAUGCGAACCUGUGUGUCCGGUUGACGCGAUCUCCAUGCAAAGUGAUGUCCCCACGAAUGGAACCGUUUAUUGAGAUAAACCGUAAUUUUUUGAGACUUCGUUAA